AUGCCUUCCUACUCCAUCACUGAGCCCCACCCAACGGUGGCAGCAUCGACCUGGUGUCACGCCGGUCGUGGAGGCGCGGGCAACUUCUUCAAGGCACCAAAGGCAGUGACAGCACCCUCAGGCGUACCCACGCCCAUCCACCCCACCAUCAGCAACUCGACCUCGGCCACCACCAAGUUCCACUCUGGCCGCGGCGGCGCGGGCAACGCCCACUCGAGCAUCGAGCGGCCCGUCAUGUCCUUCGAGGACGAGUACGAGCGCAAGGAGCGCACCGAGUCCGCCUCCAGGCCCGCCUUCACCGGCCGCGGCGGCGCGGGAAACUUCAAGUCCGCCUCGUUGUCCGCCAGCAAGCACCAAUCCCGCAAGGGCAGCGACGCCUCCACCGCCAGCAACGCCUCCACCAAGAGCGGCAGCAGCACGCGCUCCGGAUUCCUGGGACGGCUGAGCGCCUCGCUGUCCAACAAGCAAUAG